AUGGGGUUCAGCAUCUUUCUGCUUCUGUGUCUUAUCGGGCUCAGCCAGGAGACCACAGAAAAGAUCUACAAUGGUACUGAGUGUGUCCCUAACUCACAGCCUUGGCAGGUGGGGCUGUUUGAUGGCACCAGACUGCGAUGUGGGGGGGUUCUCGUUGACCGCAGGUGGGUCCUCACAGCUGCUCACUGCAGGGGCAGCAGGUACUGGGUGCGCCUUGGGGAACACAGCCUGAGUCGGCUGGACUGGACAGAGCAGAUCCGACGCAGCGGCUUCUCGGUGACCCACCCCAGCUACCAAGGAGCCACGAAGAAUCAUGACCACGACCUACGACUUCUGCGGCUGGGCAUGCCCAUCCGCCUGACCCGCGGCGUCCAGACCCUGCCUCUGCCCAGAAGUUGUGCAACCGCUGGCACUGAGUGCCACAUCUCGGGCUGGGGCACCACCAACCAGCCAACGAACCCGUUCCCGGACCGGCUCCAGUGCCUCAACCUGACCAUCGUCUCUGAUGCCACCUGCCGGGCCAUGUUCCCUGGAAGAAUCACAGACAACAUGGUGUGUGCAGGAGGCACCCCCGGGGAGGACGCCUGCCAGGGUGACUCCGGGGGCCCCCUGGUAUGUGGCGGAGUCCUUCAGGGUCUGGUGUCCUGGGGGUCCGUGGGGCCUUGCGGGCAAGCAGGCAUUCCAGGAGUCUACACCAGGAUUUGCAGAUAUGUGGACUGGAUUCACAGCUCCGUGGUGUACUCAGUAUUCUUCACCAGCACUAGUCGAGACGGGGAGGAGAUCAUCAAGGGACACGAAUGUGCCCCCCAUUCCCAGCCCUGGCAGGUGGCACUAUUCCAGAAGACAAGACUACUCUGCGGGGCAACGCUCAUCGCUCCCCAAUGGCUCCUGACAGCUGCCCACUGCCGCAAGCCCCACUACAUAGUACACCUGGGCGAACAUAACCUCCAGCGAGAGGAUGGCUGUGAGCAGACUCGGACAGCCACCGAGUCCUUCCCCCACCCAGAAUACAACAACAGCCUCCCCAACAAAGACCACCGCAAUGAUAUCAUGUUGGUGAAAAUGGCAGCACCAGCUCUCAUCACCCGGGCCGUGCGACCCCUCACCCUGUCAUCACACUGUGUCACCGCUGGCACUCGCUGCCUCAUUUCUGGCUGGGGCACCACAUCCAGCCCCCAGUUGCACCUACCCCACACUUUGCGAUGUGCCAACAUCACCAUCAUUGAGCACAAGGAGUGUGAGGAGGCCUAUCCUGGUAACAUCACCGACACCAUGUUGUGUGCCAGCGUUCGAGAAGAGGGCAAGGACUCCUGCCAGGGUGACUCUGGGGGACCUCUUGUUUGUAACGGUUCUCUGCAAGGCAUUAUCUCCUGGGGCCAGGAUCCAUGCGCUGUCACCAAAAAGCCUGGUGUCUACACAAAGGUCUGCAAAUAUGUGGACUGGAUCAAGAAGACCAUGGAAAGCAAUUAG